GGCAAGAUGGCAACGGACACGCAUGUUUGUGGGCAGGUUUCAGACACACUGAAGAGAUUUGCUGUGAAAGUCACAUCAUCCAGCGUUAAAGAGCGCACAGAAAUUCUCAAAGAGUUGAAGGAAUGUGUGAGAGGAAAUGACCUUCCUGAGCCGGCCAUCAAAGGACUGUGCAAGCUCUUCUAUCUCACCUUGCAUAGAUACAGGGAUGCUGCGUCUCGGCGAGCUUUGCUCUCGGUCAUUGAGGUGCUGGUACAAUCACAGCCGGAUGCCAUAGCAACCAACCUCCUUCCCGGCCUGCUGAGCUGCGGGUUGGUCAGCAAGGGUGUGAUGCCUGGGAAGAGCACAGCGUCUGGGGCUUGCUGCGCUCUGCCUUGGACCUGUCUGAUAGUUCACGCCGUCUUUCCUACCCCGGACAAGAGAGAGGGUUCCAACUGGAAAAAACUGAUUGAAGUUCAGAGUUUGCUGCUGGCAGAGGCGGUGGGCGGAGUCUCAGGGAACGCCCUCAAGUCAAUCAGCAAACGCUUUAAUAAACUGUGGAAGGAGAAUCCGGGUCUGGUGGAUCAGUACAUGAGCACUUUGUUGAGUUUGGAUCAGAACUGUGUGUCAGUACCGCUGUUGGGUUUGUGUGUGGACUUCUGCACAGCACAGAAAGACAUCGCAACUAUUGACAAACACAAGGCAGCUCUCUUGGAUCUCUACAUGAAGACUGUCCUCAUGAGUAAGACCAGACCAUAUCAGCACAUACUGGUAAAGAGUGGCUCUCUGCUUCGUCACGUGUCUCACUCGGAGUUUAAGAAACAACUGCUGCCCACAUUACAGAAAGCUCUGCUGCGCAGCCCAGAAAACUCCAUGCAGACGAUCUCAUCCAUGUUGGCGUCCGUUACUCUUGAUCUGAGUCCGUACGCUCUGGAUAUCGGGAAAGGCAUUGCCAGUCAGCUGAAGGCAAAUAACACCGAGGUGAUGGAGCAGGCUGUCGAGGCUCUUCAGAAUCUGGCACAACAGUGCAGUGACCCCAGCGCUAUCCACGACCUCGUCAAAAAUCUCUUCAGCAUCCUCGGAGGCUCAGAAGGAAAGCUCACAGUUGUUGCUCAGAAGAUGAGUGUUCUCUCAGGAAUCGGAAGUUGUAGUCAUCACACUGUGUCUGGCUCUUCCUCUCAGUCUCUGAGCUCCAGUGUAGCUGUAAUGUUCAUUCCAUACCUGCAACAGGAAGUCCAUGAAGGCACGCUGGUACAUGCGGUGUCUGUGUUAUCUCAGUGGACGAGCCGUUUGACUGUUGAGGUGUCCUCAGAAUUAAGGGAAUGGUUUAAAAAAGCUUUCACCCUCAAGACGUCCACUUCACCUGUACGACACGCAUACUUGCAGGCUAUGCUCGGGGCGUUCAAAGGUGACUGUCUCAGUCAGGCGGUCGAGUUUCUCCCUCUCCUCAUUCAAACGGUGGAGAAAGCUGCUGCCCAGAAUACCCAGCAUGCUCUGCUGUCUGAGGGCGUGGCCGCUGCUGUGCUGCUCUGUCGACUGUCUGUACUCGACUCUGUGCCAGAAGCGAAACUGGCGUCCUUUUGGAACCUGGUACUGGAUGAGAAGAAGCCACUCUUCACCACAGAGAAGUUUCUAUCUCAGGCCGGUGAAGAAGCUCUCUGUACUGUCCUGCUGCUGUGUGAAAGACUGUUCCUUGAUCAGCCACAAAGACUCAACAACAGCAAGUCUCAGAUGUUUCAUCAGGCGACAGUGAUGGCGCUGUUGUCCCGUCUGUGGCGUGUUCGUAAGCGCGCUCAGCAGACUGUGAAGAAACUCCUGUCUUCGCUGGGCGGCUCCAGUCUGGCUCACGGCCUAGUGGGAGAACUAAGAGUGGUCAUCAACAAACACAAGAUUGUGCCAUCAGAUGCUCUUCAGACAGAAACAGGCGAGCUGACUGAGAUCGGACGCUUGUAUGUACCUCCACGGAUACUGCUGGACGCGCUGAGUGUAAUCUGCUCGGUUGCAGCCCAGUGGAACGACCCGGCAGAGGCGGAGAAAGUGGCCCUGGAUAUUCUCAUCGUUACCCAUCAUCCCUCUAUCGUGUCCAUCAGGUCUGAGUUGUGGCCGUCUCUGCUAUCCACCAUGAGGAUGAAUGCUUCUGAAUUCAUCGACAAACACCUGGAGACCAUCUUACCUCGCCUGCUUGAAGCCAACACUGACAAUCAGGCCGUUCAGAACGCUGUUGGAUCGCUGUCGGUUCUGUCCCCCACUAAACUGCUUCCUCGUGUCAUGGAUCAUGUGACCCAGCGCCUGUCCAAUCCUGCGCUGAGGCAGGUGACACGUCAGGAAUAUGCCAUCAUGCAGACCCCUGAGGGUGAACUUUAUGACAAGAGCAUCAUUAUGAGCACACAACAGGAGAGCACAAAAAAAGGCAACAUGAAACGAGAAAAUAAAGCUUAUUCCUUUAAAGAGCAGAUCAUUGAACUGGAGCUGCAAGAGGAGAUCAAGAAAAAGAAAGGCAUCAAAGAGGAGCUCCAGCUCACCAGCAAACAGAAGGAGUUGAUGCAGAACCAGCUGGAGAAAGAGUCCGGCAUCCGCAAGACUUUACAGGGGUUGGAUGCGGAGCUGCAGUCUGCCAUCAGUCUGUUGGAGUCUGCUCUGGCGCGUCAUCCUCCUCUCAUCUGGAUACAUGUUCCUGGAGUUCUGCAGGUUCUUCUGCCUCUCCUGCAGUCUCCUCUGGCCGCUCCCCGUGUCAAACACAUCUUCCUAAACGCCGGUGUCUGUCUGAUGCCGAAAGAACUACACAAUCUGGCGGUUCUUGUAGGUCAGGUGACUUUGCGCCAGUUGAAACCAGAAUGUGAUUUAGAUCCAGCUUGGUCACAAGAGGAUCUGGCCACAGCUACAGAGCGAACCAUCUUACUGCUGCACACACACACUGUACCUCAGAGAGAGGGCAAAACCGGAUCAGAUGCAUGUGCGCUGUCAGCACCGGCGUUCUCCUUCUGUUUCCCGCUCCUGCAGGCAGUGUUGAGUCAGAGCAGCGGAACCUCAGAGGAGGUGGAGCUCACCAUGACCCGCGCGCUACAAAUCAUCAACACACAUGCUCAGCUGCGUGCGCAAUCGGACGCCAGCGACAUACUUAUAGAUGAGAACGGUCCAGAGUUGCUGCCUAGAGUCAGUAUGCUGCUGCUCUUGACCAAAGUGAUCGGCACGUCCACACCUCGCCUGCAGGUGUUGGCAUCAGGCUGUCUGACGGUGCUGUGUGCCAGUGCGAGCGGGCGGGAGGGCUGUGCGCUCGCAGAACAAGCUGAAAUCGACGUUCUACUGGAUGCGCUGCUGUCUUCAUGCUUUUCUGUCAGAGACGCUGCUCUGAGGGGUCUUUUGGAAAUGGAGUUUGCACUGCCCACCGACAGCUCUGAUGCCAACGGCCUGAAGAUGUUGCAGAGACUCUGGGUAUCAAAGUUUGAUGUGGAGGAGGAGGGCAGAGCUCUGGCAGAGAAACUCUGGCAGGCUCUGUGUCUUGAUCUUGUCCCCGAUCUGUGUCCAUUGCUGAUCGAAGACGUGAUCCACCACGAGGAGGCCGUGCGGUCGGCCGGUGCUGAGGCUCUUUCCAGCGCAGUCAGCCAGUACCAGGACCAAUCCGCCAUGGUUCUGACCCAACUCACUGAACUCUACCAUGAGAAACUCUACAGACCUCCUCCGGUUCUGGAUGCUCUGGGACGGGUCAUUUCUGAAGCUCCUCCUGACCAAUGGGAGGCCAGGUGUGGCAUUGCUCUGGCUCUGAACAAACUGGCUCAGUAUUUGGAUGAAAGUCAGGUGACACCACUCUUCCUGUUCUUUGUGCCGGACGCUCUUAACGACAGACACCCAGAGGUGCGACGUUGCAUGCUGGACGCGGCGCUGUCUGCUCUCAACACGCACGGCAAGGACAGCGUGAGCUCUCUGCUGCCCGUGUUUGAAGAGUUUCUGAAGAACGCGCCGCAGGAUGCCAACUAUGACUCUGUACGUCAGAGUGUGGUCAUCCUCAUGGGCUCUCUGGCCAAACAUCUGGACAAGAGUGAUCCUAAAGUCAAACCCAUCGUGGCCAAGCUCAUCACUGCGCUCUCAACUCCAUCACAACAGGUUCAGGAGUCGGUGGCGAGCUGUCUUCCUCCUCUGGUUCCAGCUAUAAAGGAGGAUGCUGGUGGGAUGGUGAAGAAGCUCCUGCAGUUGCUGCUUGAGAGUGAUAAAUUUGCAGAGCGAAAGGGAGCGGCGUACGGUCUGGCCGGACUUGUGAAGGGUUUGGGGAUCUUGUCACUUAAACAACAAGACAUCAUGACGACACUGACAGACGCUAUACAGGACAAGAAGAACUCCAGACGCAGAGAGGGUGCUCUGUUUGCUUUCGAGAUGUUGUGUAACAUGUUGGGCAAGUUAUUUGAGCCCUAUGUGGUCCACGUUCUUCCUCAUCUCCUGCUGUGUUUUGGUGAUGGGAACCAGUAUGUCAGAGAGGCCGCAGAUGACUGCGCUAAAGCUGUGAUGAGGAAUCUCAGUGCUCAUGGAGUGAAGCUGGUGCUGCCCUCUCUACUGGUGGCACUGGAGGAGGAAUCCUGGAGAACUAAAGCUGGGUCUGUGGAGUUAUUGGGUGCAAUGGCAUACUGUGCUCCGAAACAGUUGUCCUCCUGUCUGCCGAACAUCGUGCCCAAACUGACGGAGGUUCUGACAGAUUCUCACGUGAAGGUGCAGAAGGCCGGUCAGCAAGCGCUUAGACAGAUCGGAUCUGUUAUUCGCAACCCUGAAAUCCUGGCGAUCACCCCCAUCCUAUUGGAUGCGUUGACUGACCCGUCUCAGAAGACGCAGCACUGUCUGCAAACUCUACUGGACACAAAGUUUGUGCACUUCAUUGACGCGCCAUCUCUGGCUCUGAUAAUGCCCAUCGUCCAGAGAGCGUUUCAGGACCGAUCCACCGACACUCGCAAGAUGGCCGCACAGAUCAUCGGAAACAUGUACUCACUUACCGACCAGAAGGAUUUAUCUCCGUAUCUGCCAAGUGUGAUUCCAGGACUGAAGGCCUCUCUGUUGGACCCUGUGCCAGAAGUUCGAACCGUGUCUGCUAAGGCUCUGGGUGCUAUGGUGAAAGGGAUGGGCGAGUCUUCCUUUGAAGAUCUGCUGCCGUGGCUCAUGGAGACGCUGGCAUCAGAACAGAGCUCCGUGGACCGGUCCGGUGCUGCUCAAGGUCUGGCUGAGGUGAUGGCAGCAUUGGGUGUAGAGAAGCUCGAUAAACUGAUGCCAGACGUGGUUCAGACGGCCAGUAAAGUUGACAUUGCUUCUCACGUCAGAGACGGAUACAUCAUGAUGUUCAUCUACCUUCCGCUCACGUUUGGAGACAAAUUCACCCCGUAUGUGGGUCCCAUCCUUCCCUGUAUCCUCAAGGCGCUGGCCGAUGAGAACGAGUAUGUGAGAGACACAGCUCUGCGCGCAGGUCAACGCAUCAUCAGCAUGUACGCUGAGACAGCCAUCGCUCUACUGCUGCCAGAGCUUGAGCAAGGCCUGUUUGAUGACCUCUGGAGAAUCAGAUUCAGCUCGGUGCAGUUGCUAGGAGAUCUGCUGUUCCACAUCUCCGGGGUAACGGGGAAAAUGACAACAGAAACCGCAUCGGAGGAUGACAAUUUUGGCACGGCCCAGUCCAACAAGGCCAUUAUCGGAGCUCUGGGCGCAGAGAGACGCAACCGCGUGCUGUCUGGCCUGUAUAUGGGCCGUUCUGACACACAGCUGGUGGUGAGACAGGCGUCUCUUCAUGUGUGGAAGAUUGUGGUGUCGAACACGCCCCGCACACUGCGAGAAAUCCUGCCCACCCUCUUCACACUGCUGCUGGGCUUCCUGGCCUCCACAUGUCCAGACAAGAGAACGAUUGCUGCUCGUACUUUGGGUGAUCUGGUGAGGAAACUGGGUGAGAAGAUCCUGCCCGAGAUUAUUCCCAUCUUGGAGGAGAGUCUGCGCUCGGACAAGAGCGACGAGAGGCAGGGAGUGUGUAUCGGCCUGAGCGAGAUAAUGAAGUCAACCAGCAGAGAUGCAGUUUUGGUGUUCUCCGAGUCUCUGGUCCCGACCGUUAGGAAGGCCCUGUGUGAUCCUCUGGAGGAAGUGCGUGAAGCGGCCGCUAAAACCUUCGAGCAGCUUCACACUACCAUCGGUCACCAGGCGCUCGAUGACAUCCUGCCCGCACUGCUUAAACAACUGGAGGAUGAGAAGGCAUCAGAGUUUGCGUUGGAUGGGUUGAAACAGGUCAUGGCUGUGAAGAGUCGUUCGGUGCUGCCUUACCUGGUGCCCAAGCUCACGGCUCCUCCUGUAAACACGCGUGUUCUUGCCUUCCUGUCUGCGGUGGCGGGAGACGCUCUGACACGUCACCUCGGGGUCAUUUUACCAGCGCUGCUCUCAUCGCUUAAAGACAAGCUGGGCACGGAGGAGGCCCUGCAGGAGCUGAGUAACUGUCAGACGGUGAUCCUCUCUGUAGAAGAUGAGGCCGGUCAGAGGAUCAUCAUUGAAGAUCUUCUGGAGGCCACUCGAGGAACAGACGCUGGGCUGAGACAGGCAUCUGUCACCAUCCUUAACGGAUACUUCUCCAGAACACGUAUGGAUUACAGUGCUCACAUACGCACGCUGCUGUCCGGACUCAUGCGACUUAUGAACGAUCCCAAUCCAGACGUGCUGAGCCAGAGCUGGGACACCAUCAACUCCAUAAUGAAGAAACUGGAUGCUGGCAGUCAGCUGGCCCUGAUCGAUGACCUACACAGAGACAUCCGCUCUGCUGCCGCUGAGGUCAAAGGUCAACACUUACCUGGCUUCUGUUUGCCCAAGAAGGGUGUGACGUGCAUUCUCCCCGUGCUGAGAGAAGGCGUUUUAACAGGAAGUCCAGAGCAGAAGGAGGAGGCGGCACGAGCGUUGAGCGGAGUCAUUAGACUGACAUCAGCAGAGGCGCUCCGCCCCUCUGUGGUCAACAUCACCGGACCUCUCAUUCGUAUCCUGGGAGACCGCUUUGCCUGGACUGUGAAAACUGCUCUGCUUGAGACGCUCACUUUACUAUUGGCCAAGGUGGGAAUUGCUCUAAAACCCUUCCUGCCGCAGCUGCAGACCACCUUCCUGAAGGCCCUGCAGGACUCGAGUCGGGCGGUCAGACUGCGGGCAGCAGAAUCUCUGGGUCAGCUGGUGUCCAUACACGCAAAAGUAGACCCACUCUUCACGGAACAGCUGUCGGCCAUACGUAACGCAGAAGACUCUGGAGUCAGGGAGACCAUGUUACAGGCCCUUCGGUUCGUCAUCCAGGGUGCAGGGGCAAAGGUCGAUCCUGCCAUCAGGAAGAACAUCACCACCACACUGCUGAGCAUGCUGGGACAUGACGAGGACGCCACUCGAAUGGCCUCUGCAGGGUGUGUUGGCGAGCUGUGUGCGUUCUUGUCUGAAGAAGAGCUCAAGAGUGUCUUACAGCAGCAUAUUCUCGCGGAUGUGUCUGGUGUAGAUUGGAUGGUGCGUCACGGGCGGAGUUUGGCUCUGGCGAUCGCGGUGAAGUGUGCUCCUGAUCAGCUGUGCACUGAUGAAUACAGCUCUGCUGUGCUGGAGGCCGUUUUAUCUAGUGCCACUGCAGACAGAAUCCCCAUCGCCUGCAGUGGUAUCAGAGCAAUGGGUUUCCUGAUGAAACACCAGCUCCGCUCGGGAGGAGAUGCUGUGUCACCCCGCAUCAUCACACAGUUUGUUAAGUGUUUACAGAAUCAGUCGAGUGAUAUUCGGCUGGUGACUGAGCGCGUGCUGUGGUGGGUGUGGAAGGAGGCGGAGAUUCCCACUCUGGAACUCAAUCUGGUCAAACCGGUGAUCAAAGCGCUGCUGGACAACACCAAAGAUAAGAACACGAGUGUCCGAGCGCAGAGCGAACACACACUCGUCAGCUUACUGCGACUGCGACAGGGAGAGGAGGGCAUGCAGAGCAUCAGUGCAAUCCUGGACUCGGCCAGCAAUGAUCUGCUGUCAGAAUGUUACCGCAGAUCAUUGAAGAAGAUCUCCGGCCUUCCCGACUCCAACGAAGAGAUCGAUGACACCAUCCUCACGUGAUUGACAGCUUAAGCCCCGCCUCUGCAUCCGGACAUUUCAGUCACCGAAGUUCUUAGAGAACGCUUGAAUCUACUCAAUAGUACAUUAGAGAGCUGCAUCAGUCAGCCAUACACACAUGCACACACACACACACACACACACACACUUCUCUUGUGCUAGCUUUGACUGUCCAUGUCAUUUACGCCACAAUGAAUGAAAGCCUGGGAAAGUGUUUAUUGUGCCGAACCCCCAAGUCAUCAUUUAAAAUGAAUAUUUUCUUUAUUUGGUUGGUAAAUUUGUCUUAGAUUUCUUCUGAAAUAUGAAGUAUUUAGUAUAUUAAUUUGUGCCAAUUCUUUACAAACACUGAUAUUCUAAUGCCCUUUUUAUUCAGUUUGGAUGGUGCAUGGUUUUUGAUGUAAUUCAUUUCUCAGUGUGUGUGUGAGAGACCCAUGAGCCAUUAACAACCCAAAGGAUGUAAUGCUGAUUUUUUUCAGUUAACAAUGUGGCCUCCAAUGAUGUUGAAUGAAUAAAUAGAAAAUGAAAACCUUGGUUUAAUAAACGGUUUGAAUUAAA